UAAUUGCUGAAAUGCGAUUGAAAGCCUUUUUUGUACACCAAGUUUUCGAUAACUACUAAGACGUAAUUUUCUAAAGCUUACUCAAAUAAUACAGUAGUAAAAAGGAAAUGAGGCGUUUACAAAUUUCCUAUAAUUAUUAACAAAUAUGGAUGUAAAAUAUUAUUGCGGUACAUGUCAAUUGCAAUUAAUUGAUACAAACGAAAACGACGAUAAUUAUGUAAACAUCGUUGAGCAUCCACAGCUUUUAGAUUUCAUUGCGCACAACAUAACUGCAAAUAGAGGACACCAAUAUCAUUCAUGUCUUCAAAAAUGGCAGGAUUUUCAAAAUUACUGCUUAAUUGUUAUACAGAGCUAUGACAAUUUGAAAAAAGUACUACAGUGUGAAAAACUAUAUAAACCAGCGACGAAUUGCGGAGAUAUUCGAAACAGUGAAAUAACUGCAGAACAGCCGCUGGUCGAAGUAAAUGCAAUUAAUAACGACAAUCAUGUAUUGACUUCUUGUGUAAACACUGCCAAUGCACUCAUCCUCUCCAAAGAACUGCCAGGAUUGCGUGAAGGUCAUCCAAUAAGAAACGUGGAAGCCCACUGAUAUAGAGGAUUUGCGAGGAGAAGAUGUAACUUUUCAAACUUUCGAUAAUAUCAAAAAUGUAUCUGCCAAAUAGCAGGUUCGAAAAAGUGCGACGAAAAUCGGGAAGGAAUUAAAUAAACCGGGAACGCUGCAAGUUGACAAUACAAAUAAAAGUAAUAAAGU